AAUCGCAAUUGUUCGACGAAUGUAAAAGUUUAGUUUUGAAAGUGAAAUUUUUGCUCAGUAUUAAUUUUGAAUAAUGUCUGUAGCAUAUGUUUUAAUAUUAGGAGGAACCGGAGGAACAAAAAUAAAAAAGAAAGUUCCUAUUAAAAGUAUUAAGAAAUUCAGCGCAGAAAAACACGUGCCUAACCAAAAGUAUAAAUUAGAAGGAGAACCUCAAACAGAAUGUAUUAUUCUCUUUAUGGCAGAAAACGAAAAAGAGUUGGAUCUUAUCAUUCAGAAUCAUCGACCUCGACAACUUUCAAAUAAAUUACUACAUUCCGCUGCAGAAACAACUGAUGAUGAAAAGAAACCUUCUAAUACUAGUCGCAAACGACAGGCAACACAAGAGAAAAUUCAUCAAACGGUAAAGAAGCGUCUAGAAAAUUUAAAAACAAAGAAUAAUAACCGGCUUUUAGCGAAAAGUGAUAUUAUUCAUAUUUCAGAGAAAGAACCAUUAUAUCAAGAUAAUACAAGUGGUGAACAUAAUAUGAUUAAUGUUUCUUCAAAUAUCAAGACUAACGUUACAAAUAUUGAAAAUGUACAAAAUAAAAUUGAAUCCUUGGAAAAACAGAAUGCAUUCUUUUUCGAGGAAAUAAAUAUGUUAAAGGAUAGCCUGUUAAAGAAAGAUCAUGAUUUGUCAACUAAAGAAAAUGUAAUAAAUUUCUUGGAUGAUGAAGUACAAAGAAGAGUUGAGGAACUAUCCAAUCUUCGAAAAUUAAAUAUGGAAUGGCAAAAAACAGGACUCGAUAAAUAUAAGACUCUAUUAGAAGUUCAUAAAGCGACCGUAGAAAAAUCUUCAGCUCCCCAAGAAGGCAGUAAAUACCCAGCAAUUGGAUUUAUUACAGAAGAUGAAACUUAGGUUCAUAUUGGUAGAGGAUUAUACUUAUCAAUGCAGGCAUGGACUUUAGCUCUUCAUGUGCCUAACAAUAGACAUAUUACUUUCGCCAAAAAUAUUUUGGUUGCACUUUGCGGAUACGAUUAUUUAUCAGAGACCACUG